UAAAGAUUGGUUUAUAAUAACUGUUAACUUAGAACAGUGCAAAGUUGAAAGAUACAAUCGGUGUUACCAUUUUUAUAAUAGUUAAAAAUAAUCUACAAGGUUUGUACAAGGUUUCCUAUCUUCUAAUUUUUACAGUAUCGACCUAAGUUAACAAUUAUUAUAAACCAACCUUAAGACAUUUAAUGCUUUUAAUGCAACAUCAAAAAUAAUGAGAAUGAAGAACAAAUCAACAAACAAACUUUUACUGUGUUAAAAACAUUUGUUUAUAACAAUUGUUGCAACUCAAUGCUUGAAAAACUGCGAUUUUAAGAAUUGUGUAUUUCUCGGAAUUGUUUCUGACGUUAAAGAGCGGUCACACGGUUAUCAGAGACCUCUCUGAUUAUAAAAUAAACAGAGAUAAAUAGAAAUGAGAACUCUCGUUUUUCAGAGUAUUUAGUAUUACUACGAACUUUUGCCAGUUUAAUGUUAGUAUUUAUUAUUAGUUCGAAUUGAACAACGUGGGUUUGACGUUGGAAGGAUUUGUUUCAACAUGCAGAGUGCAGUUUAUAUCAAAGCUACUUGAGAGUCGAUCGCGGUGUGAUAACAGUGUAGUAAGCCGAUGUUUACCUACGACAUUUCCACGAGGUCACACAAUACAUAAAUACGGAAUCAAAUUCAUUUUUUUGUUAUUCCUUUUACGUUGUUUCCACAUUCCCGACGGCCAUGGCACAGAACAACUUGUUUAUGCAUGUUUGUAUUUAUUAGUCACAGUAUCAAACUCGCACGCGCAGUCAAAACCAAUUAGUUGAAAAGAUCAGAAACGCAAUCUCGAAAACACGAAUAUAUACAUAUUUAUAGCGAUUACAAAUCAUGGAUACACUACGUAACGAAAUCAAGAAAACAUUUGGCAUGUCGAAAACAAGUACAGUGCCCGGUUUGGCUUACCUGCCAGCGAGAAAUAAAGAACCAAAAACUGCAGCGCAAUUUCUCCAAUCUAGAAGAACAAUCGACGGUGCGGAAGGAUUAUGGAGAAUUGAAAACAAACUCUACGAUCUAGAAACGUUCGCAAAGUCCCAUCCGGGUGGCUCGGAGUGGAUUCGACUCACUAAAGGAACUGAUAUUACUGAGUUGUUCGAAAGCCAUCACAUUACCGACAAGGCCGAGCGGUUACUACCAAAAUUCUUUGUCCGCGAAGUAACUACUCCGCGAUCAGUUCCGCUGACCUUCUUACCGGACGGCUUUUAUCGUAAAUUCAAGAAACGUGCAGCCGAGGCCUUGAAGAAUGUCGAUUUUCAUCGACCGUCCGUGGUAACAAAUCUUAUUGCCGAUUCUUUGGCAAUCGUAACUUUUGCACUAAGUUUCGCGGCCGCUUUUGUUCAUUCUUACGCCGUUAUUAUUCCUGCUAGCCUUUUUUUAACAUGGACAGUAAUUGCGGGACAUAAUUAUUUUCAUAUGAGAGACAAUUUUCGAAUGUAUUACUUCGAUCUCGGUAUGAUAUCUUCGAAAAAUUGGCGUAUUACACACGUAAUGAGCCACCAUAUGUAUACUAACACUAUGUGGGAUUACGAGAUUUAUGUAGUCGAGCCGUUUCUACAAUGGCUUCCUCGCGAGAAUAAAUCUUAUUUGGCCGGGAUGAUAAGUAAGCUUAUCAGUCCUAUCGUCUGGAUAUUGUUAUCGUCAGUCGAAGGCAUAAAACGAUACUACGCGGUAUUCAUGGAAUUUGGAAUUAUUGAGUUUCGCGACUUUGUGCCGUUGCUGCUGCCUCUGUCAAUGAGCCUGAUUGCGCCUAACGUUUUUGUUGGAAUUAAACUAUGGCUUUUAAUGAUGGUGCUAAGUAGUUUCUUCUUUGGUCUUAUCGGUUUUAACGCGGCUCAUCAUCAUCCCGAUAUUUUUCAUGACGGUGAUAUUUACAGGAAUGACAUGGACUGGGGUCUGCUUGAGAUGGAUUCUGUGCGCGAUCGCGAAGUAAUCGAUGAUUCAACUUUCCUAGCGCUGACGCACUUUGGCUCGCACACCUUGCAUCAUUUGCUACCUACUGUAGAUCAUUACUAUCUAUCGCUGUGUAUGCCGGCUUUUCUAGAGACUUGCAAAGAAUUCAACAUCAGUACCGAAAAGUGGACACAAUGGAAGCUUCUCAAGGGACAAUUCAAACAACUCGCGCGAUGUAACGUCAAGGAAAAUCACAGAUAAGUCGAGAGAAAUAAUCUGUAGCACAUCAACAGUGACUAUUCAAUUUGAAUCUUCCGUCAGAAUGAUCAAUCAUGGUUUGAAAAUAAAAAAAUUGUCAAAGUGUUGUCGUGAUGUUUGCAUACAAACCAGGACAAAGAAAAGCUUAGUAUAAGCUUUAUUUUAAAGUUUAAGUUUUUUGUACGCGGUAAGUUUUAAAAACGUGACAACAGAUAAUUAUAAAAAUGGGACUACAUAAGUAAUAAGUAUCUUUUAUGUUAUCUCCUUAUGUCUGGAUAGAUAUCAGUGUACUUUUACACAAGUAAGUA